GUAUUAAAAGUCAUUAUGACUUUUUAAAUUUAUUGAAUAAAAUAUAAACUUUUUUUUUUUAAAAAAAAUUCUUAAUCCAAAUCAUUGAAGACGACCUCUGUGGAGUCAACGUUUCAUCUCAAUUUCCCAAAACCGCAAACGGAGUAUAAUCCGAACUUCCCCCACUCACAAGCUCAAGUCUUCUUCGCCGAUGGAUUUCCGGCGCCGAGCUCAGCGGAUUCGUCUUAUUUAUCUCAUCUCACUCUUCUUCAUUAUUCCUCCAUCGUCACAAUCUGGCCAGUUUUGUGAUUCUGGAAUCAGUGGAAUUGGAUAUGGAGAAUCUAGAUGCGGCAUUUCAUCGUCGAAGAUACUGAUCAAGGGAGGGACGGUUGUGAAUGCUCAUCAUCAGGAGGUGGCCGAUGUGUAUGUGGAGGAUGGCAUCAUUGCAGAUGUGAAGCCUCAGAUCAAGGUUGGUGAUGAUGUGAAAAUUAUUGAUGCAACUGGAAAGUUUGUCAUGCCAGGGGGCAUUGAUCCACACACGCACCUGGCUAUGGAAUUCAUGGGUACUCAGACAAUUGAUGACUUUUUUAGUGGACAGGCUGCUGCUUUAGCAGGUGGAACAACAAUGCAUAUAGAUUUUGUUAUUCCUGUGAAUGGUAGUCUAUCUGCAGGAUUUGAAGCAUAUGUUGAUAAGGCAAAGAAUUCAUGCAUGGAUUAUGGUUUCCACAUGGCAAUCACAAAAUGGGAUGAAAUUGUUGCAAGAGAUAUGGAAAUCAUGGUCAAGGAAAAAGGUAUCAAUUCAUUUAAGUUUUUCAUGGCCUACAAAGGAUCUCUUAUGAUCAAUGAUGAACUUUUGUUGGAGGGAUUGAAGAAAUGCAAGUCUCUAGGUGCCUUAGCCAUGGUUCAUGCAGAAAAUGGUGAUGCUGUAUUUGAAGGUCAAAAGAGAAUGAUUGAACUUGGUAUUACUGGCCCAGAGGGGCAUGCACUGUCAAGGCCACCAGUGAUAGAAGGGGAAGCUACAGCUCGAGCAAUUCACUUAGCUGGUUUUAUCAAUACACCUCUGUAUGUUGUUCAUGUUAUGAGCAUCAAUGCAAUGGAGGAAAUUGCUAGAGCUCGGAAAUCAGGGCAAAGAGUCAUUGGGGAGCCAGUAGUUUCAGGAUUAGUUCUUGAUGAUUCUGGACUUUGGGACCCAGAAUUUACUACAGCAGCCAAAUACGUCAUGAGCCCACCUAUUAGAGCACCAGGGCAUGGAAAGGCUCUUCAAGCAGCACUUUCAACUGGCCUUUUACAGCUGGUUGGGACUGACCACUGUACAUUCAAUUCAACUCAGAAAGCCUUUGGAAUUGAUGACUUUCGGAAAAUACCAAAUGGUGUCAACGGUAUUGAGGAGAGGAUGCACUUAGUUUGGGAUGCCAUGGUGGCAUCUGGUCAGAUAUCCGUCACUGAUUAUGUUCGCUUCACGAGCACAGAAUGUGCGCGAAUUUUCAAUAUAUAUCCAAGAAAGGGAGCAAUCCUUGCUGGGUCAGAUGCUGAUAUUAUCAUAUUGAACCCUAAUUCAAGUUUUGAAAUUAGUUCUAGUUCCCACCACUCCAGAUCUGAUACCAAUGUUUAUGAGGGGAGGCAUGGCAAGGGAAAAGUCGAAGUCACUAUUUCUCAGGGAAGGAUAGUUUGGGAAAAUGGUGAGCUGAAUGUCAUUCCAGGUUCUGGGAAGUAUAUUAAGAUGGCACCAUUUAGUUAUGUUUUUGAUGGGAUAGAGAAAUCAGAUUCCGCUCACAUCUCAUCCUUCAGAGCUCCAGUCAAACGAUAUAGAGUAACAAGUUAGACAGGUUCAGUUUAACACAUUUAUUAGAUGUCUCACACAUUGAUCUAGAACUUCUAGAUAGAAUAUGCGUCUUUAUAUACACACAUGUGUGAUUUGUACGUAGUGUCCCACACGACCUCGACAUCUAAAACGUCUUUGAAUAGUUAGUUUCUUGGACUGGUGGACCCUAGAUGCAUUCGUGAGACACUUUCACUUGGAAAUAAAUGGCUAUUACUCUAUUAUUCGAUAUAUAUCCCCAACUCCAUUGGGAUAUGAGAGUCAAAUG